UAUUUCGGAAAGUAUAAUGAUUCUUUUAACUUCUUGAGGGACUGAUAUGAAUAAAGUGGCACUUUGGUCAGUGGAUGAAGUCUCUCAAUGGCUGAUGGAAGAGGGCAUGCAGGAAUAUAUGGAAUGUUUUCAAAAUGUAAAUGGACAAGGCUUGCUGAAGCUUUCUAAGGCAGAUUUCCAGAAACCUCCUCUGUUACGGGUCACCUCAGAUGGAGGGAGACAGCUCAUGGAGAAGAUUGAGACGCUCAAAAUUGGACACCAUAUGGAGGAACAUAAGAACGGACAUGCCAAUGGACAUGCCAUCCUCCAUCUUGAAAAUGAUGCUGCUCCUGUCAGUAAGUCCAAACGGAAUGGAAUGGUAAAUGGCUUCCACAAAGAGUUGGUUCGGAUACCCAUCCCAGAGCCAUCCCAUCCCACAUUCCCUACCGAGUGGGGGAAGACCGCUGUGGCCUUCGUGUAUGCCAUAUGCUGCUUUGUCUCCACUACUGUCAUGAUUUCUGUGGUACAUGAACGCGUGCCUCCCAAGGAGGCUACUCCACCUUUGCCGGAUAAAUUUUUUGACUUUUUCAACAGAGUGGAAUGGGCUUUCUCUAUAUGUGAGAUUAAUGGAAUGAUAUUAGUAGCCCUCUGGAUAAUUCAGUGGGCCUUAUUAAAAUAUAGGUCCAUUGUUGGUCGCCGCUUCUUUUUUAUUGUAGGAACACUCUACCUGUACAGGUGUAUCACAAUGUACAUCACUACUCUGCCUGUACCUGGGAUGCACUUCAAAUGCUCUCCUAAGCUAUUUGGUGAUUGGGAGUCUCAGAUGAGGCGAGUGAUGAAGAUGAUUGCAGGCGGAGGUCUUACCAUCACAGGCUCUCACUCCAUGUGUGGGGACUACCUCUACAGUGGCCACACAGUCAUGCUAACUCUCACAUAUCUAUUCAUCAAAGAAUAUUCACCUAGAAGGUUCUGGUGGUAUCACUGGGGAUGUUGGAUUCUUUCUGUUGUGGGAGUUUUCUGCAUUCUACUUGCUCAUGACCAUUACUCCAUAGAUGUAGUGGUUGCUUACUUCAUCACUACACGCCUUUUCUGGUGGUACCACACUAUGUCCAAUCAGCAAGUUCUGAAAGAAACAUCUCAGACCAACUUCAUCUCACGAGUGUGGUGGUACAGAUUUUUUCAGUACUUGGAACAGAACGUUCAAGGUGUUGUGCCACGAAAUUACCAGAUGCCAUUUUCAUGGCGUUCAUUGCAAUGGGGUCACGUGAAGUACACAAGGAUAGACUCAGACUGA